AUGUCUUGUGUGGAGUUCACAAUAAACGGCAAACAAUGUUCAGUCAGUGGUUCCAUACCUAUAGACACAACCCUCUUCGCCUUCCUGAGAUACACCCUAGGACUGCCAGGCACGAAGGCUAUGUGUUAUCAAGGAGUCUGUGGCGUGUGCAUCGUCAACGUCACUGCUAAACGACCCACCAGCGGUACCGUUGAAACCUUCUCCGUCAAUUCAUGUCUGGUGCUAGUGUUGUCGUGUCACGGCUGGGACAUAACCACCAUAGAAGCUGUAGGGAACCGUCUCGAUGGGUACAGCGAGGAGCAGAAACGGAUCGCAGCGUUCAAUGGGACUCAAUGUGGAUAUUGUACACCCGGCUGGGUCAUGCAAUUACAUAGCUUGAAAGACAAGAACUUGUCCAUGUUAGAACUUGAAAACUCAUUCGGUAGCAACACAUGCAGGUGUACAGGAUUCAGACCAAUUUUGGACACAAUAAAGUCUUUCGCUUCUAACCCUACCCCCGAACUAUGCAAAGCCGUUAAAGACAUCGAAGACUUAUCAGUUUGCAUGAAAGACAAAGCAAAAAUUUGUCGACAAAAAUGUUCCUCUCUUUCCAGCGAAAGCGACUGGAGUGUUGUUUCGGAUGUAAAGAAUGAAAUGAUAAUAAUUCAUUACGAUAAUAAAAUCUUCUACAAAGUAUUUGAAAUAGAUCAGAUCUUUCACCUUUUCAGCAAUUAUUCCAAUGAACAUUAUAUGCUUAUUGACGGUAACACUGGCAAAGCUGUUAUUGAAAACUUUGAGUAUCCACCGAUCUUGAUAGACAUCAGCAAUGUAGUGUCUUUAAAACAGCAUAGUAUCGAUCAGAACUUGAUACUCGGAGCAAACAUUUCAAUAGAAGAUUGUAUUACUCUGUUUAAAAACAUUGCAGCGGAAAGAGAGGAGUUCCACUAUCUAGAUGUAUUCGCGAAACAUUUGGAUUUAGUGGCGCAUAUUCCCGUUAGAGAGAUUGGUUCAGUAGCAGGCAAUGUAAUGCUAAAACACAUGAUGAGAUCUUAUCAAUCAGACGUUUUCCUUCUUUUGGAAUCCGUCGGUACAAUUGUCAAUAUUCGCUCUGUUUCGGGUGCACAGUCUAGUUUGAAAAUGGAAGAAUUUUUAGAGUUUGACAUGAAUGGAAAAUUAAUUGUAAACUUUGAAUUGCCACCUCUGGGUGCUAAUCAUAUUAUAAGAAGCUACAAGAUUAUGCCAAGAAAUCAAAAUGCUCUGGCGAUCGUGAAUGCUGUGUUUAAUAUUAAAUUAAAUUUCGGAACCAAUAAAAUCGAAAAAGCUAUUAUCGUUUACGGUAACAUCUCGGGACGUUUCAUUCACGCCACACAAACUGAGAAGUAUUUACAAGGAAAAAAUAUUUAUAGCAAUGAAACAAUACAAAAUGCUAUUAAUAUUUUAAAUAGAGAAGUCAAGCCUGAUAAUGAUCCUUCCAAACCUUCGCCUCAAGCUCGAAGAAAAUUAGCUGUUGGACUAUUUUAUAAAUUUAUUCUCAGCAUAACCCCAGCUAAUUUGACGAAUCCUAGAUUCCAUUCGGGAGGACUAAACUUAACGCGACCUGUAUCUAGAGGGGAGCAGCAUUUCCAAACAGAUAGUUCUCUUUUCCCUCUUAACCAACCAGUGGAUAAAUUGGAAGCCAUCAUUCAAGCAUCUGGUGAAGCGCAAUACGUCAAUGAUAUACCUACCAUGCCGAAUGAAGUGUUCGGUGCCUUCGUGCUUUCCACAGUACACAAUGGAGAUGUUGACGUUAUUGAUGCAAGCGAUGCUUUGGAAAAAAAUGGAGUCAUAGCUCUAUUCACAGCAAAGGAUAUACCAGGCAAAAACUCUUUCAUUUAUCCUGGAUAUCAAUUACAAACUGAAGAUGAGGAAAUUUUAGCAGAUAAAAACAUUAAAUAUUAUGGUCAACCCAUUGCAAUAAUAGUUGCUGAUUCACAAGAUUUGGCUGUUAGAGCUGCAAAGUGGGUUAAAGUAACCUAUAAGAAUGUAAAAAGUAUCCCCCCUGUUUUAACAAUUAAUCAGGCAAAGAAAGAUAGUACCAGAGUUGUCACCGGUGAUGUUCUCACCCCUAAAGGAAAAGGAGAAAAUGUGACAAAAGUAAUUAAAGGCACAUAUGAAAUAGGAGGACAAUAUCACUACUAUAUGGAAACUCUUAGUUGUUUGGUAGUACCUGUUGAUAAAGGAUUGGAAGUACACGAUUCAAGUCAGUGGAUAGAUUUAACACAGUCUGCUAUAUCUCGGUCAUUAUGUAUACCCGAGAGCAAGGUGCUCGUGAUGGUUCGUCGUUUGGGCGGUGGUUUCGGCGGGAAGAUAUCACGCAAUGUACAAGUAGCCUGCGCCUCUGCUCUUGUCGCCCACAAACUAGACCUACCAUGCAGGUUUAUAUUACCAUUCGAAACCAAUAUUACUAUAGCGGGAGGGAGACUUCCGACUCAGUGCAAUUAUGAGGUAGGAGUAGAUGACGAAGGGAAGAUCCAGUAUUUGAAAGCCGAUAUUAACGAAGAUUGUGGUUGCUCACAAAAUGAGAAUAUAUUAAGUUACACCUUGGGUGGUUUUGGCAUUUGUUACAACAGGGAUUUUUACGACAUAAAAACAUUCUACGUUAGAACCGAUACUUCAUCAAAUACUUUUGCGAGAGCUCCUGGGACCAUGGAAGGUAUUUCUUCAAUGGAAAACAUAAUGGAGCAUAUUGCUUAUGAGCUGCACAAAGAUCCAACCGAUGUUCGAUUGGCUAAUAUGACAGACAAAGAUCUUCCUAUUCUCAUAGAAAAAUUAAAAACCAUGGCCGACUACAAAAACAGAGAAGAAAAUAUCAAGUUAUUCAACAAAACCAAUCGAUGGAUAAAGAGGGGAAUUACUCUAAAUUUAAUGCUCUUUCCCGUAGAAUAUUAUGGAAAUUAUUCAGCAUUGGUUUCAAUUUACAGAGGAGAUGGAACAGUUACUAUUACUUCUGGUGGUAUAGAGAUGGGUCAAGGCCUUAACACCAAGGCAGCACAAGUUUGCGCGUAUACACUAGGAAUACCACUAGAAAAAGUUUCAGUGAUCUCUAAUUACUCUUUUGUAUGUAACAAUGAGGUCUUUACGGGGUCCAGUAUUGCAAGUGAAAGCGUUUGUUAUGCAAUAAUUAAGGCUUGUGAAAUAAUUCAGGGAAGAUUGAAACCGCUGAAAGAUGAACUAAAGAAUGCUUCUUGGUUAGAACUCAUACAAGAGGCCGCAAAGAGGGAGAUAGAUCUAUCAUCCAAAUAUAUGAUGACUGAUAUGGAACCUGAUUUAAAGGGUUACAGUGCAUAUGCAGUUGUGGCCUUGGAAGUUGAAAUGGAUGUUUUAACGGGAAGCUUCCAAAUACUCAGACAAGAUAUUUUAGAAGACGUUGGAUUAAGUGCUAAUCCUAAGAUAGAUGUUGGACAGGUGGAAGGGGCUUUUAUCCAGGGUUGCAGUUACUUCACGAAAGAAAAGUUUAUAUACGAUAAAACAACAGGAAAAUUACUUAACAGUGACGCCCUACACUACGAAGUUUCUCUUGCUAAGGACAUCGCGAUUGACACAAGAACUUAUUUCAGAUAUAACUCCAAGAACCCUAAGGGCGUAUUGGGAUCGAAAUCUGUCGGAGAAAUGGGUAUAUGUACUGCUCAUAGCAUCAUAUAUGCCUUAAGAAAAUGUAUUGUGGAUUCAAGGAAGGACUCGGGUUAUGAUGUUUCAAAAUGGAUUAAUGUUGUCAGCGGUUCAAUACCGAUAGACACAACCCUCUUCGCCUUCCUGAGGUACACUCUAGGACUGCCAGGCACGAAGGCUAUGUGUUAUCAAGGAGUCUGCGGCGUGUGCAUCGUCAACGUCACUGCUAAACGACCCACCACCGGCACCGUUGAAACCUUCUCCGUCAAUUCAUGCCUGGUGCUAGUGUUGUCGUGUCACGGCUGGGACAUAACCACCAUAGAAGCUGUAGGGAACCGUCUCGAUGGGUACAGCGAGGAGCAGAAAAGGAUCGCAGCGUUCAAUGGGACUCAAUGUGGAUAUUGUACACCCGGCUGGGUCAUGCAGUUACAUAGCUUGAAAGACAAGAACCUGUCAAUGCUAGAACUUGAAAACUCUUUUGGUAGCAACACAUGCCGGUGUACAGGAUUUAGACCAAUUUUGGACACAGUGAAGUCUUUCGCUUCUAACGCUACCCCCGAACUAUGCAAAGCCGUAAAAGACAUCGAAGACUUAUCAGUUUGCACGAAAGACAAGGCGAAAUUUUGUCGACAAAAAUGUUCUUCUUUCUCAAGCGACAGUGACUGGAGUGUUGUUUCGGAUUUAACGAACGCUAAUGAAAUUAUAGUUAUUCAUUAUGACCAUAAAAUCUUCUACAAAGUAUUUGAAAUAGAUCAGAUCUUUCACCUUUUCAGAAAUUAUUCCAGUGCACAUUAUAUGCUUAUUGACGGUAACACUGGCAAAGCUGUUAUAAAGAACUUUGAGUAUCCACCAAUUUUGAUAGACAUCAGCAAUGUGGUGGCUUUAAAACAGCAUAGUAUCGAUCAGAACUUGAUACUCGGGGCAAACAUUUCACUAGAAGACUGUAUGAUUCUGUUUCGAAACAUUGCAGCGGAAAGAGAGGAGUUCCACUAUCUAGAUGUAUUCGCGAAACAUUUGGAUUUAGUGGCACAUAUUCCCGUUAGAGAGAUUGGUUCAGUAGCAGGCAAUGUUAUGCUAAAACACAGGAUGAGAUCAUAUCAAUCAGACGUUUUCCUCCUUUUGGAAUCCGUCGGGACAAUUGUCAAUAUCCACUGUGUUUCGGGUAUACAAUUUAGUUUGACCAUGCAAGAAUUCUUAGAAUUUGACAUGAAUGGAAAAUUAAUUGUAAACUUUGUAUUGCCACCUCUAGGUGGUAAUCAUAUUAUAAGAAGCUACAAGAUUAUGCCAAGAAAUCAAAAUGCUCUGGCUAUUGUGAAUGCUGUGUUUAAUAUUAAAUUAAAUUUUGGGACCAAUAUCAUUGAAAAGGCUAUUAUAGUUUACGGAAACAUCUCGGGUCAAUUUAUUCACGCCAUGCAUACUGAGUACUAUUUACAAAGGAAAAAUAUUUAUAGCAAUGAAACAAUACAAAAUGCUAUUAAUAUUUUAAAUACAGAAGUUAUACCUGACGAUGAUCCUUCCAAACCCUCACCUCAAGCUCGAAGAAAAUUAGCUGUUGGACUAUUUUAUAAAUUUAUUCUCAGCAUAACCCCGGCUAAUUUGACGAACCCUAGAUUCCAUUCUGGAGGACUACACUUAACGCGACCUGUAUCUAGAGGGGAGCAGCAUUUUCAAACAGAUAGUUCUCUUUUCCCUCUUAACCAACCAGUGGACAAGUUGGAGGCGAUCAUUCAAGCAUCUGGUGAAGCGCAAUACGUCAAUGAUAUACCUACCAUGCCGAAUGAAGUGUUCGGUGCCUUCGUGCUUUCCACAGUACACAAUGGAGAUGUUGACGUUAUUGAUGCAAGCGAUGCUUUGGCUAAAAAUGGCGUCAUAGCUUUAUUCACAGCAAAGGAUAUACCAGGUAAAAAUUCUUUCAUAUUUCCUGGAUAUCAAUUACAAACUGAAGAUGAGGAAAUUUUAGCGGAUAUAAACAUUAAAUUUUAUGGCCAGCCUAUUGCAAUCAUUGUAGCUGAUACACAAGAUUUGGCUGUUAGAGCUGCAAAGUGGGUGAAAGUAACCUAUAAGAAUGUAAAAAAUAUACCCCCUGUUUUAACACUUAACCAGGCAACGAAAGAUAGUACUAGAGUUGUCGCCGGUAAUUUUAUCGCCCCGAUAGGAAAAGGGGAGAAUGUGACAAAAGUUAUUAAAGGCACGUAUGAAAUAGGAGGUCAAUAUCAUUACUAUAUGGAAACUCUUAGUUGUUUGGUAGUACCUGUUGAUAAAGGCUUGGAAGUAUACGAUUCAAGUCAGUGGAUAGAUUUAACACAGACUGCAAUAUCUCAAUCAUUGCUUAUACCUGUUAACAAGGUGCUCGUGAUGGUUCGUCGUCUGGGCGGUGCAUUCGGCGGGAAGAUAUCACGUAACGUACAAGUAGCCUGUGCCGCCGCUCUUGUCGCCCACAAACUAGACCUACCAUGCAGAUUUAUAUUACCAUUCGAAACCAAUAUUACCAUGGCUGGAGGGAGACUGCCGGCCCAGUGCAUAUAUGAGGUGGGUGUAAAUGACGAAGGUAUAAUCCAGUAUUUGAAAGCCGUAAUCAAUGAGGACUGCGGUUGCUCACAAAACGAGAAUAUAUUAAUAUACACUGUGGAAGGUUUUGGUAGCUGUUACAAUAGGGCUUUCUACGACUUAAAAACAUUCAACGUACGAACUGAUACUCCGUCAAAUACUCUUAUGAGAGCUCCUGGAACCUUAGAAGGUAUUGCUUCAAUGGAAAACAUAAUUGAGCAUAUCGCUUAUGAGCUGCACAAAGAUCCGACGGAUGUUCGACUAGUUAAUAUGAUAGACAAGGACCUUCCAAUUCUUAUAGAAAAAUUAAAAAUUAUAGCCGACUACAAAAACAGGGAAGAAAAUAUCAAAAUAUUCAAUCAAAACAAUAGAUGGAUAAAGAGGGGAAUUAGUCUAAAUAUAAUGCUCUUCCCCGUUGAAUAUUAUGGAAAUUAUUCAGCAUUGGUUUCAAUUUACAGAGGCGAUGGAACAGUGACUAUUACUUCUGGUGGUAUAGAGAUGGGUCAAGGCCUUAACACCAAGGCAGCACAAGUUUGCGCGUAUACACUAGGAAUACCACUAGAAAAAGUUUCAGUGGUACCUAGUUACUCUUUUGUAUGUAACAAUGAGGUCUUUACGGGGUCCAGUAUUGCUAGUGAAAGCGUUUGUUAUGCAAUAAUUAAGGCUUGUGAAAUAAUUCAGGGAAGAUUGAAACCACUGAAAGAUGAACUAAAGAAUGCUUCUUGGUUAGAACUCAUACAAGAGGCAGCAAAGAGGGAGAUAGACCUAUCAGCCAAAUUUAUGAUGACUGAUAUGGAACCUGAUUUACGGAAUUACAGCGCAUAUGCUGUUGUGGCCUUGGAAGUUGAAAUGGAUGUUCUAACGGGAAGCUUCGAAAUACUCAGACAAGAUCUUUUAGAAGAUGUUGGGUUGAGUACUAAUCCUAAGAUUGAUGUUGGACAGGUGGAAGGGGCUUUCAUCCAGGGUUGCAGUUACUUCACAAAAGAAAAGUUGAUAUACGAUAAAACGACGGGAAAAUUACUUAACAAUGAUGCCCUGCACUACGAAGUUUCUCUUGCUAAAGACAUUGCAAUUGACACAAGAACUUAUUUUAGAUACAAUUCCAAGAACCCUGUGGGCGUACUAGGAUCAAAAUCUGUCGGAGAAAUGGGUAUAUGUGUUUCUCAUAGCAUUAUAUAUGCUUUGAGAAAAUGUAUUGUGGAAUCAAGGAAGGACUCAGGUUACGAUGUUUCAAAAUGGAUGAAUGUGGAUAUUCCCCUUACAACAGAAUCAAUACUCACUGCCCUGGAUGUAAAUCCUUCUGAAUUUAUUCUUAGCUAA